CUGGGCUCGGCUCCGCGCGGCUCUGGCCGCCCAUGGGGAGCGCGGCCCGGCGGCGGCCCGGCAGCAGCAGGCUACGGGGAGGCUCCCCUGGCGUCCCCGCUCUCCCGUAGCGUGGCGGGGCAUGCCCGGCCCCAGGAUGCCGGCCUGGGGGAUCCUACCCAUCACGCUGCCUGCCUUCACCAUCACCGGCAUGUGGAUCGUGUAUGCCAUGGCGCUCUCCAACAACCACAUCUGCCCUGUCCACAACUGGAAUUACAAUCAGUCGUGCGGCGUGGACAGCCCUGGCUCCUGCUGCACACUGGACCACAUUCCCCUUGUCAGCAAGUGUGGCACCCUGCCCCCUGAGAGCUGCUUCUUCAGCCUCAUCUGCAGCCUGGGCUCCUUCAUGGUCAUCCUGGUGGGGCUGCUGCGCUAUGCCCACCUCCUGGAGUGCCUCGGGCCGUCCCUCCUCAACACCCUGGGGCUUGCCACCGGCUGGGUCUGCACUGCUGGCCUCACCAUGGUCGGCAACUUCCAGGUGGAUCAUGCCAAGGUGCUGCACUACAUCGGGGCAGGGGUGGCUUUUCCCACCAGCAUGCUGUUCCUGCUCCUGCAGUCCAUCCUCACCUACCGCAUGGCCAAAACCCGUGGGCAGUACUGGACCGGCCACUUACGCAGCAUCCUCACCAUUGUGGCCUUCCUCACCCUCGUUUUCAGUGGUGUGUUCUUCAUCCAAGAGAGCUUCGUGCUGCAGCACGUGGCUGCACUGUGUGAGUGGAUGUUCAUCAUCGAUGUUCUGGUCUUCUAUGGCACCUUCACCUUUGAGUUUGGGGCCAUCUCCACAGACACCUUCCUGGUCCUGCUGAAAGCCAGCCGGGCCCCCAAAAGUUACAAAGAGGAGAGCAGCGUGUCCAGCACAGCCCACAUCCACAGCCAUGCAGAGAGCCUGGCUAUGGCCUGACCCCCAGAGGAGGCAGGCUCACGGUAGGGACCCCCAAAUCAGGCUCUUCCAGUGACUUCCCUGCCUUAAAUGUGUCAGUUCCCGCCUGCUGGGGUGCAGGGGUGCCAGCGUGGUGCUGCUGUCGGCAGAGUCAGGAUCUGCCCCUGAGCCUCUGAGGUUGCCCUGUCUGAAUCAGGCUGUCAGAGGCAGUCAUACAAAGGCAACUUCUGUAAGGAAUGUGAGGGAACAGGGACUCACCCUCCCUUCACCACGCAAUCCUGGUGUACUGGAGAAGGGGAAAUCACUGUUCCUCCUUCCUCCAUGGCCACAGGAUUAAGGUUCAGCAGAGCAAGCCUUCCAGCUGGCUGCUGCAACUGUCAGAGGAGCCAAAAACCCAGAGUGCCUUUUCCCUUUCUGAGGAGGCAAUGGCAGUGCCAGUGUGCCUGCCCAGGCAAGGGUAGUGCCUUGUGCGGCUGCAGGAUGACACCAGCAGCCCUGGUUAGACCACACAGGCGCUCCUAGCCAGGGCUCUCACUGCUCGGGGCCUUCCAUGCCUCCAGUCAGUGACUCCCACAUUCUUUUCAGCUUGGAAAAUUGCUGAGGCAGGUUUCACCUCCUGGCCACAGCAUUACUGUGCUCCCUGAUGGUCAGGUAGGUCAGGAAAUGGGUCUCCACAUUUACCAUGACACCGGGAAAGUCCUGCAAGCGCAGCGCCUGCAGAGCAGUGGAUUUCCCCUGCAUAGCACUGCCAAUCUAAGCAGUCCCACUGGGAAGCCUGCACACCCCAGCCCUGGCCUCCCAGCCCUCUCACCCUGGGUGUGCAGGCACAGAAAGGGGAAGCAGUUCUGUAGAUACAGAGGAAGCUCAUGCCUCUUUCCGCUGGGACUCCCAAAUCCGUCCUCCAGUCCCUCUCACAGUGCUCAGUCUGGCCCACGCCUGCCUGGUGGGAGCCUGUCCUGCUCUCAGCCUCAGCCACAGCCUGGGAUGUCCUGGGCAAGGGGCUGAAUGUGUGUGUGUGUAUAUAGAUCCACACAUAUAUAUAUACAUAUGCAUAUAUAUAUAUAUAUGUAAAUUUUCCCUUGUCCCUGGAGAGGGGCAUUUGCUGCUGCUGUGCACAUCGAUCAGGUUGGGCUUCCUGAUUUGCCCACCUUUUCAAAAUCGGCCUAUAAAUCUACCAGUAUAUGUAGUUCAAAGAGGAGCAUUUAUGACUUUUAUAUCUAAUAUAUGUUUAAAAUAUAUAUAUAUAUGAAGAGAGAACAGUGGAUUUACAACAAUAAAAGUGAAAAUCAG